AUGGAGGAUAUGGCACGUUUAGCACUGGUCGAACAGAGCGUCAAAGAUGAAAAUCAGUAUAGAAAAAUACUCUUCGAUCUUUUGGACCAGAUCAGCAAUAUUUUAGAUAAUCCCCACGAUUACGAGUUGAGAACUAUUAAAAGUGACAUCCUAGAAAAAGUAUUAGACUGUGAGGCCUUCACCGACUACCUGAAAUACAUUGGAUUUCAAAUGGGGCAAAAAGAAAUUAUGUUUCCCAGAGAACAAACUCUAAGUAAACUGAGAAUAGCACAAGCAGCUCUGGAAAGAAAAAUAGGUUUUUGUUGUGGAAAUGUUAACAAGACUGUUACUGUGACAGAUAACAAGAAGAACAGUAAACCAAAACUCAAAGAAGCCAAUAUAUUGACGACCAAUAAUUCCUUUUUAUUAAGAAUCCAGUCACUAUUCAAUGAUAUGAUAAAGUAUGAGGAUGAAGAUUUACUACAGAGAGCACGGGAACACAUCCCGCUAGUGACCCUACAGCUCAUGGCACUCGACAGAAUGAGGGAGCAUCAGAAGAAAAUUAAAAUGGGUGAGAUCAAAGAACAAGACAUGUCAUUCGACAUGGCCUUAUUAAUGGAACUGAUAGUGUGGUUCAAACACAAGUUCUUCAAGUGGGUCGAUCAGCCGGCCUGCGACAAGUGUGGAGGGAAGACCAUCUUAGUUGAUGUUACCUCCAUCAAGACUGACUCAGAAACAUGCAGAGCUGAGCUAUAUGAAUGCUCGCGCGGCCACGACGUAGUGUUCCCGAGGUUCAACGACCCCGGCACCUUGCUGCGCACGAGGCGCGGCCGCUGCGGCGAGUGGGCCAACUGCUUCACGCUUAUGUGUCGCGCGCUCGGUUACGACACGAGAUACGUGUACGACACGACCGACCACGUGUGGUGCGAGGUGUUCGACCAGGACUCCCAGCGGUGGCUGCACGUGGACCCCUGCGAGGGGUGUAUGAAUUCACCCCUCAUGUACGAACACGGCUGGGGGAAGUCCUUACAAUACAUCAUAGCAUUCUCGCGAGAUGACCUCCAGGAUAUAACGUGGAGAUACUCCAGCGACCAUAAAGCGCUGCUGCAGCGUCGCGACGAAGUAUCCGAAGCGGAUCUGGUGCUAACUAUCCUAGCUCUCCGUGAUCAUCGUCACGAACAGGCGACUACUACUAGUAUUCACGCCUGUAUAUUGCUCAGGAAACCCGGCGAAAAUGAGUCCCAGGGCCGGAUAUCCGGUUCGAAGGCAUGGAGGAUGGAGCGAGGGGAAAUAGGAGUUAAGAAACACGAAUUCAUUCUGACAGAACCCGGGGAACAUUGUGUACAAUACUGUACUAGCACAGAUAUAUAUAGAGUGAUAAUGAAUAACGUCCAACGAGACGAGAUAAAAACUUGGAGGGGGGGAGUGUUACAUAGUGAGAAUGUAUUCAGAAAGAUAGAAACAGACUGGCAGCAGACAUACCUGGCUAGAGAGGAGGGACAAGACACCGGUAGUAUAUCUUGGAAGCUUAUGGUGAAAGGAGACUUGAUUAUAGAGAGAGUAGUGAUGGAGGUGACCACCGCCCAGUAUGAAGAUGGUAGGAUAGAGUGGACCUACCAGCUGGACCAACAGCCGCCUACCACCUGUAGUUUGAACGAUGGUCGAUGGCAGAUAGACGGUAGGUGUUCAUCGUGUGUGGUGACCGCUCGGCUGGUGGGGGGGAAGGGGGUAGUAGCCUGGCAACACGCUCAGAUUGGUCGACAACACCUCUCAGAAGACAAACCAACGAUCAGUCUACAAGCUACCGUCGUGCCACGAUGA